AUGGCGGCGGCUCUGCUUUCUGCAGGGAUCCGCCGGCCGCUGUGUCAGCUGCGUCGGCCCAUUCAGGCCAGUCAGCGGUGCUUCUUUGGCGAGUCUUUUGGGGGGAGUUCCUCCAGCACGUCUUGGCCACGAGUUGCACUUGUAGGCGGCGGUGCUGCCGCUGGGGCUGUUGUAUUGGCCAGCUUGUGGGCAUGGGGCAAGCCUGGACAAACCGUCGAAAUCGAUAUCAAGCCCAUCACUGACGAGGUUUUUGACGAGAACGACAACCUCUUCGUGUUCUAUCUAGACAAGGCCGACGAUCUUACGGAGCGCCGCGGAGAUAUCCAGAGGGUCGUUCGAGCACUCAUUGAUGAAGCCGCGUUGCCGAAGCUCAAGUACUACCAGAACGUUCGAAAAGAAGGUGAUCCGCCCCUUCCGAAAGCGGGCGAAGAGGAACCAAAAGAAGCAGGUGCGGCGCCACUCCGAAUUGUCAUGUACAAGGGACAGCGUAAGUCGAUAUUGCACAUUGGUGAUGAGAUCCCAAAGCAGGAGGUUUUGGACUUUUUCAAGCCAGUCUCCCAGGAUCUCAGCAAGGUCAAGGUGCCGAAAUCGGUGCCUCUCGUCUCAAACCAGUCCUUCCGGAAGGAUGUUCUGGAAGACAGCCAACCAGGAAACCCCAUGGUGUUGUUGCAGAUGUACGAGGACACCUGCUUCCUUUGUUUUUUGAUGAGACCUUUCAUUAACUCUGUGGGUGAGCUUCUGCUGGAGAACAAGGCACCUUUCCGCUUGAAGAGGUUAAACAUUGAGAAGAAUGAUUUUCCCGAUGGCUGUCCAGUUGCAAGAGGCACUCCGACGUUUGCCUUGUUUCGGGGCAAAGACACUGUCGGCGAGAAGUGGGAGGAGUUCAAGCCCAAGGACCUUUGCGAAAAGAUCGCGAAGGUCUUUCCGCUCUCCGAUUCAGCCUUCCAGAAAAUGGAUGAUCUGCAAGCAAUGAUUCCGAGACGAUUCCAGCUCUUUACACAGCUGGUCAUGUGGUCGGUUGAGCUGCAGAAGCUGGAGUCAUGCAUGGCCAGCGCAGUUGGAGAAUCGCACGGCGACGCGUCUUCGGAGGACACUGAGUUCAACUCCGUCCUGUCCAGACUGAUGGCAAGGGACAUGAGGCGCGUCGAUGGACUGCCAGACAGCGUGAACUUCCUACAGCAUCAAGUGGACGAGGUAGAGCACGAUGCUCUGGUGAUGAGCAUCAUGCUGGGCGAAAGGGUAAUGGCCCGGGAGAAGGAGGAGGAGGCAGCAUCUGUCGACGUUAUCUUGAGCGUCGUCAGCAAUGAAAUGAGGUCGGUGCGGAGCGAGUUUGACAAGAAGUUGAACGCAGCACUGCUCUCCAAUCUUGACGUGCGCGAUCAGGAGAAACUCCUCGCUUUGAGCGGCGAAGGGCUAGCCGCAAAGGACACACAGGAGAUAGAGGACAAGCUGAAGAGGUUGCAGGACAGCCAACAGCAGAGCAUGUUGAAGAUCGCUGGGCUCCGGUCAGCUCACAAGCACGCCGAGGGUCAGGCCAACUUUGCAGUUGAGAGGCUGAAGCGUCUGCAGACGGAGGUCAGCAACAUCGUAGACCAGGUGGUCUAUCAGCAGUCUCGACUGGACUACCUUCUGGUGCAUGGGGCUGCUUUGAACCAGGAGAGAGCAGAUUCGGGCUCCUUCCAAGCCAUCGUAUCUGCCGGGGCGGACAAAGACAAGAAGCCCAAGUUGAAGGCUGGAGCCACAUUGCCAUCGAGGCAGAUGGAGCGCACAGGGCAGCAGGACACGAGUGGAGGUGGAGAUGCCGGGCACAUGCCCGACUCAUCGGACGAAGUGAACUCCUCGCGCAUUGCUCGCUUGGGCAAGAAGCUCCUGGAACUCGACGGCCAGGUCAAUCGAGGAAUGGCGGAGGUCAAGGCAGACAUCGAGUCUGUCAACCAGACGUUGCUUUCGUUUCUGGAACUCCUUCCGCGGAGACUGCGGAGGAUGCUGCAGAAACAGCUGUUUCCAGAUCCGGAGGAGGAGGUGGAAAUUGUAAAGAGUGAAAGGCCACACGAGAGCAAGAAGCACGUCAACUUUUCAGAUCAUGUGGAGACGCGCACUUUCCACGUCGAAGACGAUAGUCGGCUGCCCUGGCAGUUAGUCGGUGAGGCAGACAUCAAGUGGAGUUGGUGCUACAAACCCAGAGACGAGAUGGGCAGAGAUCUUGCCAUGUGCCUGCAACAGUUCGACAGCGAUCGCGAAGACUUUGAAACCAAAGUGGUGCAGUGGCUGCAAGGUGGAGGAAUCGGGGUUGGCAGCCUUCCAGUUCGGAGCUCGAUGGCGGUGUCAAGCUUUCGGGACUCUCUUUCCCUGGAUGGCCUCUUGAGCAUGAGCAUGGGGAUGGGAGGUCUAGAGGAAGGAGUCGCAGCACCUCAGCUGAUGCACUUUGAAGAGCGCCUCGAGAGGCUUGGCACCGAGCUUUUCAACAUGAAGAGGGCGCAGGACGUGGACCACGUGCGGAAGGUGGAUAAGGAAGAUCUUCAGCUGGUGGUCUCGCGACUGGGGGCCAUUGAGAAGCUGAACAUUCCAGAUCUGAAGAUCCGCAUCGAGGCUCUCGAGGGUGACACCAAGUUCACUGCGCAGAAUGUAACGGAGCUCAGGGAGAAGGUCUUCAAGGUCGAAUCCGUAGCCGCUCCGCGCUCGGAGCUGACAAAGGUGCAGAACGGGUUUGAGCAGCUCAUGUCCGACCACCAAGCCAUGAAGGUCGAGCUCAAGGAAGCUUCGGCAUCGAUGUACAAUUCCAACCGCAAGUUCAUCCACGAACUUCAGGAGGUGAAAACCACCACGCAGAACUCGAUCACGGUCCUCCAUAAACAGAAGGUCGAGAUUCCCGAUCUCGCCGCAGUUACGGACAAGGUUGUUAAGCUCGAGCAGUCGAUCAAAGACAACCGGCGCAUUCUUGGGGACGGCGGUGGUCAGGAGAUCAAUGCGGUGGUCAGACGCAUCAUUCUGAAUCUUGAGGACAAGAUCAUGGUUUUGGAAAAGAAGAUCGAUGCUUUAGCCGAUGGACGUCCUCAGAAGGAAUUGAUGCCUCGGAAUGAAUCGCCAGCCCACAAGCACACCGGCAGCUUUCAGUCUUCUGAGAUGCAGGAGGCGGCUCUGCACUCUGUGGGUGAGGAGCUGACGGCGAUGACAGAUGCUGUGGCCAAGCUGAAGCAAGACAUCUCCGUCAGCAAGGUGCACAUCGAUGAGAUGGCAGAGCAGUACUGGGAUGUCACCCAGAGUGCGCAGCCGUGCGCAUCAUCCGAUGACGCCUUUCGUUACAUGAAGGUCGGGGCGGUAAUGCUUAGCCCCAGCAUGUCUACACCACAAGGGGGAAGGUCGGGGGACAAGCCGUCUCAAGCGAGACACAUGAGGAACUCUUUCCUGCAGAGACUCGAGGCCAUGUCGCUCUCGUCAUCGCCGUUCCUCGACGAUGGGCACCGAAGUUCGUUGCGGGACGUUGUUGACACCGACAGCGACGGGAGAGAAGUUUCGGAAGGCGACACGACGCAGCACAUGUCCAGGUUCUCCGCAGUUCCUCGGCACCCUCUUGUUGCGAAUGCCACGGAGUCGCCGCGUGAGUGCAGACCCGAGGGGACGUGGGCCAUUGGCGCACUUGGAAUUUCCUCCUGGGUCUUAUCCGACUCUAAUGCUGCAGCGAGCGGCAUUGUUGCAGCCACAGGUGUGGUGAUCUGCUUUGCUGGUGGCCACGUUAUGCUGGCAGCUGCCGGCGCUACGGGGGUCUGCUUGAACCUCGUGCAGAACGCCUUCACCUCCCCAGAGGCGCCGGCAGAAGAGGGUGCACUCGAGCGCAGUGCCAGGGAGAUCCUGCGCGAAGAGCAGGAGCUUGAAGCGGCGGAGGCUGCCGAAGCAGAGGAGGAGAAGAGGAUACGAAGCAAGCAAGCUUCAUGUUGGGCUGGGAUGUUUUCCUGCUUGUCCUGCACAGGAUGUUUCCCUGCUGCGACGGACCGUGAAGCAGGACUUGAAGGGGAGCCCCUUCAAAGUCUGGACAUAGCGAAGCGGCGCUUGAUUCUGGAGAGCCGCCGGCAUCUUCGGCAGGAGGUCAACAGUGGGCUCAGCCCUUUGAUCCUCUACGAAGCAACGAGUUUCACCGAUAGAAGGAGAAUGGAGGCUUGCCAACGAGCUUCUUUGGUGCCUGCUCACCGGAUUCCCAUAAACGCUCGUGGCACCUCUGUGGUCAACAACAACUUCGUGGGCAAGUUGGUCAUGAUGCAUCGUCAAGCAAACGGUGCUCCAUCAGUCCCAAGCGCUUAUGACGACUACUUUGCCAAGAAAACACGCCGCUGGGAGUUGCGGUUGCAGGGCCGGUUUGUACGCAAGCCGACUGGAAAGCUGUUCGGAGGAGUUGUUUUGAGGGACUUCGACUACAACAUGCCUCUCAGCCGUUUUUCCGCGUGGUUGAGCAAUCUCUCCAUAUCGCCUCUGGAAUACACCAUAGGGACAAAAGUUGUCCUCACUUUCGGCGACAGGGGAAAGGCAUCGCUGAAAGAGGAUGCCAUGCUGAGCCAUGUGGUCGCGGGGCUGCAGGCCUUCGAUCAGAUCAUCGUGACGGAGGCAGCCGACGAGCCGCCUGCCAUCGACGGCAACUUAGAUGGUCUGGGCAUCCGAAGGCACGGUGCGAGCAGUUCAUCUUCCUGGGCUGCGGCUGCAGAGGACGUGGAAUGCAACAUCAAUCCCGAUCGCACCUACACCUUUUGCUUCUGGAGCGCUGCCAGAUUUAUUGAUCUCAUUGGCGGGGCCUUGACGGACCUUGUUCCGCUGAUUCCAGCUUCGCUGCCUUUCAGAACCUUCUUGGACCAUUGGCCACCUCACUUCGUGUUCUACGAACUUGAGCCAGACAGCGAUGGUGCUUUCAAGCACAUAGAACGCAAGAAGAGCUACCUGCUGGAUCUGAUGGUGCUCAAUCCUCGGCCUGACAUCCGUAGGUACGCGCAGCACGCUGAUGCUUCUUUCCUGGCAGAUCCCGACCCUUGCCUACCGUACGAGAUCUCCGAGGGUCCCAUCCGCAUGGGACACAAGGUGCAAGGAUCGCCCAGCGAGCUUUCCACGGCUCCUACGGCCCAUGAGGAUAGCGCCCCGCAUGAUUGCGUCGAGCAAGGAGCAACGGCGGCGCGCCACAUCAGCUCGCCUGUAGGAAGUGUCGCGCUGGCUUCAGCAGAGUUGGAUGUCGACAGUGCAGGCGAAAGCUGUGCAGCGUUUCGGAAGCACCGAGCUUCGUCAUCUCACAUCCCUCGAGGCCCAGGAGGGCAGGAGGACGUGCGCAACGAAACCGUGGGGGGACUGCAGGAGCGCCUGAAUGUCCUCUUGGAACUCGCUGGCCGAUCAUGGACCGGCAUGUCAAUGCCACAGGCAUCCAUUGAAGAGCUUGAGACGGACUUGCUUCAAGUGACGGGUCGAGCGCGUCGCCUUUGGAAGGCUGUGGAGUCUUCGGAGGCCCGUGUGCGGAGCCUGGAGGCGCAGCUACAGAAGUCAACAUCGAGCUCCUCCGCAGCCCCGCUUGCGCCGAUCGAGCAAGAGGAACGUCUUCAAGCUUCUCAGGUCCGGACGGUUUUGAUCAACUGA